CCCCCUGACCUGUGUGCCAAACUCGCACUCGACGCUCCGUUUCUCCCCAGCUUGCAACGCCGUUGCGAUGGGUCUCCACCCCAUCGAUAAACCCUAGCUCAUCCUCCUCCCAUCCCAGCUCGUCUCUCCCAUCGGGCUACCACCUCCAGCCUGUUUAUCUGCAGGACCACCAUGCCUGCUGGUGACAACCCGCACUCAAUUUCAGAGAAAAAGGCAGCAUUGCGGGAGUCUCCAAAACGGACUAAGAAUGUUGUUAAUGAGCAACCCGGGACUUCCUUCUCUAAAGACAAAGUUGCUGCUACAGUUGGCCUCAAGCGACCACAACCUUAUGGCCCCCUGAGUCCAACAAACCAUCACACGCUGGGCAAUCCAGGGGCAAAUGGCCAUCUUGUGUAUGUGCGCAGGAGGCCUGACACUGAUCAAAGCAAAGGAGGCACUUCUGCUCGUGCUGAAAGUUUCAAUUCUAUAAGCACAAAGAAACCUGUUGCAGGAGGAUCACAGCCACAGGAAUCAAGUCUGAAGCAUCAGAACAAUGUACCUCACACCCAGUCCUCUCCUCAAUUCGCAUCUCCUGCUGCAGUUACUGCCUCCCCUGCUUUGCAAUCCACAGUUUUGCUGGCUCAGCAUUCCUUUGGGAAACAAUCUCCUGGAAAGAUUACUGUUCGACCAACUAAUGAUGUGAUUACUAGUUUGCCACCAAGCAAUAUGGUGUCCUCUACUCCAAUGCUUCAAAGCUCUGCAGCUGCUGAUUUGGUGACUAGCAGUGUUUUGGCUACUAGUGCAACAUCUACCCUGGCACCUGAUCGAGCUGAUCCACCAAGAUCAAGCAAUCAAGAUUGGAGUGAUAGAUUUAUUCAGCUGCAGGCAUUCUUGAGAAAUAAUGAGCAAUCAGGCAAGGAAGAGUAUAUCCGCAGCAAGCAAUCUCCAGGAAAGGUUGCUGUUCGGCCAACUAAUGGUGUGACUACUAGUCUGUCACCUCGCAAUGUGAUGUCCUCUACUCCAGUGCCUCAAAGCUCUGUAGCUGCUAAUUUAGCACACAGCGGUGUUUCAUCAGCUACUAAUGCAGCAUCUCGUGCUGCUAUAUCUGCUGCUAAUUUAGUAUCUAGCAGUGUUUCGGCUACUACCGCAGCAUCUAAUAAUGCUAUAUCUGCUACUAAUCUAGCACCUAAUCGAGCUCAUCCACCAAGAUCAAGCAAUCAAGAUCGGAGUGAUCGAUUUCUUCAGCUGCAAACAUUCUUGAGAAAUAAUGAGCAAUCAGGCCAGGAAGAAUAUAUCCGCAUGCUUCGGUCUUUGUCAUCUGUUGGACUAAGUAAGCAUGCCAUUGAGCUGGAGAAACGGGCAGCCAAUCUUUUGGUUGAGGAAGGGAAGGAGCUGCAGAAGAUGAAAGUUCUGAAUGUUCUGGGCAAGCUUUCGCCCACUGAUGCUCCACAGUUCCCAGCUCAGCCCGCUACUGUCAAGCAUCUGCCAUUCCCAGCUCGCCGAUGAAAGGAGUGGGUGAUUUGGUUAUGUUGCUGCAUAACAGGCAUUCAACCAAGUUUCUUCUGAACUCUUGCCACCUGAAUGCCGUGUCACGGUCACAAUUGUUGUGUUGUCUGUAAGAACAGGCCUAUGUAUAUCCAUCCGGAUGGGUUAGAGUAGAUUGACUGACAUGCUCUCAUGGUGGUAUCUUACAAUCUGUUGUGCCAUUGUUGGAAAUCUGAUGCAACCAUUAACUCUAAGACGGCUGCUUCAUAGAGUUUCUUCUCUGGCCAACUCAGCACCCUUCUGUGCAAGCUUUCACCGACUGGUACUCCAGAAUUUCCAUCUCAGCACCCUUCUGUUGUGCAUCUGCCUAGCAAAGCCCGUUGUUGAGAAGAGGUGGAGGAAUGGGUGUCUACAGUGAACUUUCUUCUGAACUCUUGCCACCUGAAUUUUGUGACAUGGUGAUGAUCGGUGUGUUGUCUGAGAGAACAAACCUUGCUAUAUAUAUGAAUCUAUCAUGUUGACUUGCACUAAA